AUGUCUGAACGCAAAGUCCUCACGAAAUACUACCCUCCCGACUUCGACCCGGCGCAGUUGACCAAGAAGAAGGGCCCGAAGCAGGUCGGCCCCAAGGUCCAAACCGUCCGUCUCAUGGCCCCCUUCAGCAUGAAGUGCACCAGCUGCGGCGAGUACAUCUACAAGGGCCGCAAGUUCAACGCGCGCAAGGAGACGCCCGAGUCCGAGAAGUACCUCGGCAUCCAGAUCUUCCGCUUUUACAUCCGCUGCACGCGGUGCAGCUCCGAGAUCACCUUCAAGACCGACCCCAAGAACCAGGACUACACGUGCGAGCGGGGCGCCAAGCGGAACACGGAGCCCUGGCGCAAGGUCGGAGAUGAGGCCGAGACGGACGAGCAGCGCCUGGACCGGCUCGAACAGGAGGAGGAGGAGCGCAACGCCAUGGAGGAGCUCGAGGCCAAGACCAUCGACGCCAAGCGGGACAUGGCCGUCGCCGACGCCCUGGACGAGAUAAGGACGCGCAACGCGAGGAUGGAGCGCGCCAACCACGACGGAAUGCUCGGGGACGCCAACCUCGCCAGGCCGGACGACGACCUGAGGCGCCGGGAGGACGAGGAGGACGAGGAGGCCUACAGGAAGGCCAUCGCGGCCGCCAAGGCGCAGCAGGAGACCUGGGAGGUGGUGGAGGAGGAGGACCCGGCCGCUGGGGACUCCCACUCGGGCAGCAACGGCAACGGGAACGGAGUCAAGAGGAAGGCGUCCGAGGAGGAUACCUCGGCUUCCUUCAGCUUCAAGCGGCAGGCCAAGAAGAAGGAGCAGGUCCUCAUCCCGGGCCUCAAGAUGGGGCCCCCUCCUAUACCUGCCGCGAAGACGGCGCCGGCGCCGGCAGCAGCCAAGGCCAAGGCGGUUCUAGUUGAUUAUGGAUCGGACAGUGAUUAA